CUUUCUAUAAUAAGAAACACGAGAUGUUGGAAACCCAGAUGAUAUGUCGUUAGUUUCGGUUUCAUAUGAAUAAAAUCCCGAUUUCACGUUAAUUUACUGACACAAACAAGUUUAAGAAAAAGCAAAGCUGACCAUACUAAAAGCGCCGCCCUUGAUAACUAAAGCAAGAUACUAGAGCCAGUUAACACAGAAAUGGCUAGCAACAAUCAUGACACAUACUAUCACCAUACAGAUAGGGACUCGGCAGGAAAGAUUUUACAGUCUGGACGUAUCAAACAAUCCGAUCCAAAACAAGGUGAUGCUGCUUUUGGUCCUGGAACUUACCUUACAAAAAACGGUCCCGAUAAAUCACGGAGUGAAGUAGCGAGAAACAACUACGAUGGUGUAACAAAACAAUUCUAUGAGAGUAAGAUAAAAGAAGGGAAAACUGACGUGGCAAUUGAAGUAAAAGUACCAAAGGGAAGCGUUCAACCUUGUCCUGCUAGUGGCAGGGAUGUUCACCUCUACAAAGGAGAUCUGAAGCUCUCUGACGCCAAUGAAGUUAAUGUUUACGUGCGUGGUAAUGAUGGAAAAGUCCAGAAGUAUACGCAUAAAUAAUGCAGUAACUGACUUGCUAUACAUUACAUCAAAUAAAUGCUCAGAAUAUUU